GAAAACCAUCAGAAACUUACUGUACGAGGGAGGGUGAACAGACACAGCAACUCGCGAGAGUACACAGGGAUGACUUCGGAGAUACUUGAUCAAGAUAGAAGCCAAGAAGACACCUAACUCAAGCCUUAACUUCUGUCUUCUUCACUGGCUUUGUGCUACAGCAGUAUGCGGGCUUUGUCCGGACUGGUUUUCUUGGCUGUGUGCGUGAUGGUGGUGUUGAUGUACCAGGCUGUCAACCAGGAGCUGACUCUUAGGAGUCUUAAAGCUAAUGCUGCGAAGACCUCCAGUGAAGUCAAGCAGAAGGAGAAUGACAUUGUCCAGAUCAAGAUGAAGAUCCAGCAGAUGAAUUUAGAGCUGGUGUCCAUAAACCAAAAGAGGGACGAGCUGACACAGAAGAAGGACAAAUCUGCCAAAGCCACAACUGAAACAUACAACAGCUUGCAGACCUGUAAUGCAGAGAAGACAGAAGCCGAAAAGAAAAAGAGUGAUGCGUCGGCGGCCCUUCAAAAAGUAAAAGAUGAUGAAGGUGCAGCGAAGAGGAAAGCUGAGCAGGAGAUCGAGGAGUUGAAAAAGCAGAUUCUGGAACGAGACAAGGCACUGUGUGUGUUUGUGGACCAGACUAUUGAUGAAGGACGAAAGUUGUGUGGAAUAGCUGUAGCCCCAAAAUGAAGACUGUAUUAUUACACCCCCAGCCCUCAGAUAAACCUCCCAAUACUUGUGAAAAUAAAAAAACUAAAACAUUGGAAAA